AUCAUCUGCCAGUAUCUGUUUAAUAUCACUCUUCUGCCCGCUUUAUUGAGUUAUCGUCCACUUAUCGAUGAGCAACGUCCCAGUAACAACACGAUAAUGUCCAGCAGACGCACCACGCGCUCCCGCACGGCGUCAACGACUGCACCAGCCGCAUCUGCCACACCAGCAACGGCAGCUUCGUCUUCCCGCAGCCCUGUCCGUAUGUCCGCAUCAUCUCCCCGUAGCGCCCAACAUUCCUCUUCUCCUGCAGCAAAAUCCGCUUCUCGCACUACCACGAGCAGCGCAAGCAAUCCCGCGAACAGCAACGUUCAGGCGGGCUUAUCGGGAGCAUAUGUGCCAUGGAGCAACCGCGAUCUAACAGAGCUUGCCAGUUUGUCUGAAGAACAAUUCGAGGCUGCUCUUGCCAGGGAGAAGGAAUACAGGAGGGAGGAAUUUAGAAAGGCCAAAGCGGCGCUGGCUGCUCUUCCACAAACCAUCGGCAAUAACGCCGCCCUUCGGGUGACUUUGUCAGCUGGUUCGGCUACAGACCAUGCGGUUGAGCGAGGCCAGAGCGGAAGCCGUGCCGGAUUGCACGCAUCAUCGCGCGCCGCGUCUGUCCACCCGGUGGCACUGGAGCCAACACCCGCUGGAGGCUCUCGCGCUAGCUUGCUAUUCGGGUCGGCAGCACGGGCCGCUAGUCCGGAAAUUCCCGAACCAUCUGAUUCUGGGAACUUCGGGUUCCAUACAAAUGAAGCUUCGAAAGGGCAAACGCGGAUCAAGAGGCCUCAGACGUCUGGCCCUGGAUCGGAGCCUGAACCAAAGAAAGCCCGCUGCAAGAAGCAGACCAUUGUCAUGUACGAUGACACCUCCUAUUUUUGCAUCGAUGAAGCGACUCGUUUGGUCCGUGAUGGGCGAAUGCUGAUUUCUGGCUACUGUGACGGUUGGGUUCUGAUGGACGAGUGCGAAAUAGACGAUGGGGACUUGCAUACUAUUCGGGAAGCACCGGAAGGCCACGAGGAACGAGUGUUACCGAUGCAGCGCAGCCACGGCUAUAAAAAUAAAAUGUCCACUGCCUUUAAGAAGAAAACGAACCAUGUUGAAAAAUAUGGAGGAUAUGCAUGCGGUUACUGCUGGGAAGUGGCGGUAGAUAAGACGGCUGUUAACAUCUUUUCGCACAACGCAAAAUCAAGGCUCGCCAGAUGUGCAUUAGGCAUGUCAUCGGCGAUAUGAUUCGGAACCCUUGCUUCUAUUUCUGGAUUGACGAGCAUAAUGCUGCUCGCGAUGGAACGGAACCACAGCGGAAGUACAUUAAGUUCGCGCCAGGGAGGGAAAUCGUGGCUCAUAACGGCACUCAU